GCACCACUCUUUGGGACCAUCCUCUUAAGAAUAAUAAACAAACAAAAGAAAAACAAAAGGUAGUCCCAAAUCAUAUAGCAUUUCAGAUCUCAGGAGAGCUAAAUCUAAAUGGCAUUGGCUUCCACCACCAUUUCUUAUCACAAGCUGCAGGGUGGAUUCCUUCAGCAAGUUGGGUGCCGAAAGAAGGAGAAGGAUAGGGACCGGGAUCAUCACUACCCAUACAAAGUUGUCGAGAUUACGCCCCCACCGAGGAGCCUCGGCGUCCGCUGCUUCCCUCUGCUUCUAAAUUUGGAGAAUCUAAACAUACACUGCGGAGAGAGUGUCACCAUAGAAGGACAAGCUUACACAGUUUCUUCAGUGACCCAUCGAUACCAGCUACGCAAGGGAAAGUAUGAGCCCAGUGAGAAAAGGCUUGAUGUGCAAUCAACAGGAAGAUACAUGUUGAAUCUGUACCUGGAGAAUCUACUAGAAAAUUCAUGAGGAAUAUCAUAUGCAUAAUGAAGUCAGAUUUAAAGGCAAUUCUAAUCUUUGGCUGCCAAUGACUGAAUGGUUAUGUCACUAAUGAUAAUACUUACAUAGUACAUGAGCCUGUUAUUCUUCAUAAAUUUUUUAAAAAUCUUUUAGAUGUUGAACUGUAUUUAAACAUUUAAAUCUCGCACUUGGAACAAUCGUAGUUUAUGAACCACUUAUAUUCCCUUUUAUACAUACGAUAUGUUGAUUUCAUUAGCUUGUUACUAGGUGCAUAUUUACUGACAUGGGUCAUAUGGAUUGAGGAUUAAAAAGAUAUAUGUCAUUCUG